AUGUCAAACGGAUCAACUACGCCAGAAAGUGAUUGUGAGUACUCCACGCAGUUAUUGAAUAUGAUGAAAUCACAGAGCCCUCUCCCACUCGGUGGGGAGAAACGUCGUACAGCUCCUCUCUCCGCAGACAUCGGCGGAACCAUGACUAAAAUUGUGUUUUGGAUCCCGGCUAACACAGACAUUGAGUUGCCACAAUUCGUCCAACCCGAGGAAAACGCGAUGUCCGUCUAUGAACUCUACCCAGACCCCGUCUUAAAAGUUAACGUGAACUCGCGCGGCCAAAGCGAGUUGUGUUUCAUGAAAUUUCCGACCGUCCAAAUACCCGAAUUUAUCAAAUAUGCGAAGUCUUCUAAAUUGAAAAGUAUCUACGGAGCUGGGAACAUGCAGUUAGUGAAUGUGACUGGUGGUGGUGCGUACAAAUUUGCCGAAUUAUUAAAAACUGAGAUGGACUUAGAAGUGAAGCAACAAGAUGAAAUGCGUUGUUUAGUGUUAGGUGUGAACUUUCUCUUGUUGUGUUGUCAAGAGAACUUAUGUUUCAAGUACCUUGACCAUCAAAAAGUGUUUCAACCGAAGACAUUAGACAUCUUUCCGUAUUUAUUAGUCAACAUAGGUUCUGGUGUAUCUAUAUUACGUGUGAACGACUUAGAAAAUUAUGAACGAGUGAGUGGGUCUUUAAUCGGUGGAGGGACGUUUUGGGGAUUGUGUUGUUUACUCACAAACUUCAAAUCGUUUGAGGAGAUGUUGAAAGCUGCAGCGACGGGGAAACACGAGAACGUCGAUUUGUAUGUCAAAGAUAUCUACGGGAAGUGUUAUGAUAGUGUUGGGUUAGAUGCUGAUAUGAUGGCGUCUUCCUUUGGGAAAGUACAGAAGAUGGUGAGUGGACAAGCCCGAGUCAAAUACAAUGAAGCUGAUGUAGCUCAAGGAUUAAUGAUGAUGGUAUGUGGGAGUGUUGCACACCUCGGGUAUGAGUUAUCCAAAGCACAUCAAAUUAAAAGGAUUUAUUUCACUGGUGGGUUUGUUUCUCGGAACACAGUGGUAUGGGAAGGAAUCACUGAGAUGAUCAAGAAUUGGUCGCAAGGAAAAGUCGAAGCAGAAUUUUUAGAAUAUGAUGGGUACUUCGGGUCAAUAGGAGCACUGUUGUUAUCAAAAUAUAAGAAAGGGGUGUUCGAACAACCUAUGGAAUAA